AUGGAGCUCGCCCUCCCCCCCUUCCCCUCUCUCCUCCCCAAAUCCCACCACCUCCAGCCCCAGCCGCCCUCCCGGCCCCGCCAUGGCCGCCUCCAGGAACCGGCCAUGGCGCUGGCCCAGGCUCCGCCGCCCUGGCUGGCGCUCUCGCUCGACGAGGCGAGAGACGUCCACGUCCCUCACCAAGCGCGGCCCGUCCAAGAGACAGGAGCUCGCCCGCCCACCCCCUUCGCGCGCGGGGAGCCCCGGUUCGUCUCGGAGACCAAGCUCAUCACGUUCCACUCCUCCGCGGGGCGCCUGGGCGCCGCCCGCGAGGUGUUCGACGGAAUGGGCCACAGGGACCUGCUCGCCUGGUCGGCGAUGAUCGGCGCGUACGCCACCAGGGGCAUCUUCCACGAGGUGCUCGCGCUCGCGGUGAGCAUGAUCGGGGAAGGCGUGCUCCCCGACAGGUUCCUGAUCACUCGGAUUCUGCAGGCGUGCGCCUACGCCGAGGACCAGAGGCUCGGGAGCGUGCUGCACUCCAUGGCCAUCCGGAGAGGGUUUAUGGGCAGGGUGAAGGAUGUGCCUGUGGGGAACUCGGUGCUGGUGAUGUAUGUCAAAUGUGGAGAGCUGGGGCGCGCGCGUGCGGUGUUUGACAAGAUGAGGCGCCGGGACCUGGGCACGUGGAACUCGAUGAUCUUUGGGUGCUGCAGGUCUUGCCAGUGGGAGGAAGCGCGGAGGCUUCUUGAUGAAAUGAGGCGGGAAGGGACAGAGCCAGGGGUUGUCACAUGGAACACAUUGAUUUCGAGCUAUGCCAGGUCUGGGGAUCUUGAUGUGGCCGUGGACCUGCUGGGACAGAUGGAAGAGUGUGGAGUAGAACCAGAUGUUGUCACAUGGACAAGCCUAGUGUCAGGUUUCGUUCAUAGCGAUAGAGGGGAUGAGGCACUCCAGUGUUUUAUCCGGAUGCGUGUGGCUGGGGUGGAACCAAAUGGCAUGACAAUUGCAUGUGCCAUCUCAGCUUGUGCGAGUUUGAAGUUAUUGAGACAGGGAAGCCAGCUCCAUUGCCAUGCGAUUAAGAUUGGGACUGUGAACAACGUCUUGUCAGGGAACUCGUUGGUUGACAUGUAUGCUAAAUGUGGCGAAAUAGUCGCAGCAUAUAGAAUAUUUAAUGAGGUACCCGAGAAGGACAUCUUCUCCUGGAAUUCAAUGGUUGCAGGGUAUGCGCAAGCGGGGUACUGUGGCAAGGCGUAUGAACUCUUCUGCAAGAUGGAAAGUUAUGGUAUCCAGCGCAAUGUGAUAACCUGGAAUACAAUGAUAUCAGGGUACAUACGGAAUGGGGACGACGAGAGAGCUUUUGAACUAUUCCAGACCAUGGAAAGUUAUGGAGUAAAAAAGGACACAGCUUCCUGGAACAUACUCAUUGCUGGUUCAGUGCAUAAUGGAUAUUUUGAUAGAGCCCUAAGAAUAUUUCGGCAGAUGCAAUCAGUUCUGAUAAAGCCUGACUACAUUACAAUCCUAAGUAUCAUCCCAGCAUUCGCAAAUCUGGUGGCAGCGUGGAAAGUACGGGAGAUCCAUGCCUGUAUUUUUCACCACAACUUAGAAAUGGAUGGGAAAAUCGCAAAUGCGCUUAUUAAUGCCUAUUCAAAAUCUGGUGAUCUUGCUGGCGCUUGUGCUGUUUUUGAUAGGCACUCAUCAAGGAACACUAUUUCAUGGAAUUGCAUCAUUGUUGCACAUUUGCUGCAUGGGUCUCCAACUAAAGUAGUGGACUACUUCUUUAAAAUGAAGCAACAAGGUGUACUGCCAGAUCAUACGACUUUGACAGCUGUUAUCAGGGCCUAUGGUAUGGAGGGGAUGGUAUCUGAAGGGAGAGAAAUAUUUCUCAAUAUGGACAAAGACUAUAAUGUAACCCCAGAUUUAGAUCAUUAUGCAGCAAUGGUAGACCUUCUUGGACGGUCUGGGAGACUGCAAGAGGCAUAUGCAAUUAUUGAUGAAAUGCCACUCACACCCAAUUUAAUACUGUGGGAGUCAUUACUAACCUCAGCAAGAAUGCAUGGAAAUGUAAGGCUGGCACUACUGGCGGCUACAGAGAUGUCGAUGAUUGAACCGAAUGAUCCUAGAAUCCAAGUAGUGGUUUCUAGUCUUCAGGAUCUUGCUGGACAAUCUUUUGAUGUGCCAAAGGUGACAGUACACAGCAAGGAAAGAAUGUUGGGUGGGGUUGAGAGUUGUUCAACAGAAAUCAGAAAUAUGGUAUAUUUGUUCUCAACUGGUGAUAAGGUUGCCUCGGAGCAUGAAGCAGCUGAAUUAAAAUUGAUGAUGACUGAAAUGGGACCCUCUAUGCUUAGCGCUGGUAAUGGAACUCUAGAAGUGGAAGAAGAGAUGGAAGAAGUUGCGAGAAUCCAUUGUGAGAAAUUAGCAAUUAUUGUUGGGAUUUUGAAUUCCCCUCACUUCAGAAGCAUACAGAUAAUCAAAACUGCAAGGAUGUGUAACCAUUGCCACACCUUCGCUAAGUUAGUUUCGGAGAAGUAUGGGCGUCAGAUACUGAUCAAGGAUCCGAAGUAUUUGCACAAGUUUGAGAAUGGUAAUUGCUCUUGUGAAGAUUAUUGGUAA